AUGACAUUCACAGAAAAUGUUAAAAAUGAUGACGAGAACUACACUUCUUUACAAAACACCCCCUUUUCUUCAAAUUCUGAAAAACACAAAAACAAUUAUUUAAACAACAGAAGAUCCACUUCAAUUUUAAUUUCCAAUUGUUUUUCUUUUUCUGUCGCUGCCUUAAUUAUUUCUUUGUUGAUUGCUUUCUUUUCACUUCAAUAUUAUUUACCUAAAGCUUUGGAUCAGUGUUCUUGUAUUAAGGAGGAAUUGAAUGGACGUUUGUAUAAUUCUAGUAGUAUUGGAUAUCCAAAGCACCUUCCCGAUGGACGUAUUCAAUAUCAAAUCGCUGUAGUUUCCGAUUUAGACCACGACAGUAAAUUUGACGGGAAAAAGAAUACUUGGAGAAGUUUUGUAAGACGUGGACGUUUAUAUUUCCAUCCAGAAUUGUUAACUGCCCAAAUCCAAUGGAAUGAUGAAGAAAGUGUUGUGCUUUAUUCUCAAUUGUCUUCUGGGGGGAGAGCUAUGGAGCUUUCUGAUUUAGCUGUUUUUGAUGGUAAUUUACUCACAGUGGAUGAUAGAACCGGCGUUAUCUAUAAAAUUGAUAAUUUCAAUACAAUGAUUCCUUGGGCUUUUUUAAACGACGGGCCUGGAAAUACUACAAAAGGAUUUAAAGCAGAAUGGAUGUCUGUAAAGGAUGAACAUUUAUUUGUUGGAGGGUUGGGGAAAGAGUGGACAACAACUCAAGGAGUAUUUCAAAAUUAUCAUCCAAUGUGGAUUAAAAUUAUCAAUUUAAAUGGAGAAAUUGUUCACGUUAAUUGGACUGAAAAAUAUAUAAAAAUUAGAGAGGCUGUUGGAAUUAAAUUUCCUGGUUAUUUGAUACACGGCAUACGUGCUUCGAAUGAUACUUACUCUGAGGAUACAGAUGAACAUAAGGGGACUAAUAUGUUGAUAAUGGCUGAUGAAAACUUUACUAAUAUUGAGGUGAAUAAUAAAAACAUCCAAAAUAAAAUUUUUUAA